AUGCCUUCUGUAGAACAAGUGGCUGUAAACUAUGGGCCAGAUAGGGCAAGAAGUGGACUAUUUGUUGAAGUGGAGGUUCGGGGAGUGAAGGCCAGACUUUUGGCAGAUUCAGGAGCAACCGAUACAAUUUUGUCGUCAUCCCUGUAUCACAGAAUUUCUUCAACAAAUAGACCAAGUCUCAGGAAAGUGGGUGUUAGGAAUGCCGACGGUAGCACAAUGGAUACCCUAGGUAGUGCGUGGCUGGAGCUUGGGGUUGGAAAAUGCAUUUUUCCUCUUCGAGUUGUUUUUGGCAAUACUGACCAGAUAGAUGGACUUUUGGGAUUAGAUUUUCUAAUUCCUAAUGAGGCAACUCUGGAUUUCAAGACCAAGGAACUUCGGAUCAAGGGAGCGAGAAUCAAAUGCACUGAUGGAAGAGGAGGUGCAUUUUGCUCAAGGGUCGUUGUUGGGUCUAACGUCAGUGUACCACCUGGUCAGGAAGUGGUGCUUCCAGGUCAUGCAACAGGUGUCCCAAUAGGGAUGGGUCUUGGUCUUAUAGAACCCGCGGAAGAUGGUGAACUUCUCCACAAGGGGAUUGCCGUUGCACGGGUAGUUGUAGGAACCGAGAAGGCAACCCUGCCUGUUCGAGUGUUUAAUCCUGGCACCAAGGCAUGCAUGAUUCGCAAGGGUACCUUGGCGGGACACCUUUCUCUCAUCAGUGAGGAAGAUAUAGAAGAGUGUGAAUCCAACACGCAGCCCAUGGAUGGUACCUAUGAAGUUCCUGAACAUCUGAAAGAUCUCUUUCAAAGGAGCAAAGAAGGAACUGACAAGGUGUACCAUGGGAAAAUUGCCAAGCUCUUGUGUGAGACCCAAGACAUUUUUGCAAAGUCCGACACGGACAUCGGAAAAACAAGUCUUGUAAAACAUCAGAUCAACACCGGAGAUAGCCCUCCAAUCCGAAGAAGUUGA